AUGGAAUUUGAAAGAAUCACUGUGACAAAAAGGGGAAUUGAGGUGUAAUAAUAACUAAAACAAAUACUUGGAGUAAAGGAAAGUAAACAAUUUGGUACAAUAAGAAAGAAGGGUAGAGUAAAAAUAGUAUGAAAAUUUGAUAGAAUAUAGUGAGAAUCUUUUGAGAAAAUAAAAAGAGAAAGAAAUCCAUACAUCUAGUUUUUUAGAGCCUAUAUUAGAUAAAUAGGAAUAGAUGAAUGUGUUUCUUACAAAUAGAUUCACUAACAGAUAGAAAUUUAUUAAAAAAGAGAUGGAGAAGUUUAGUUAGAAAAAGACAAAGUUUGGUGGUAGUUUCUAGAGUGAAUCUCAUCGUUCGUUUAAGUGUUUAGAUUUCAGAUAAAUGCAAUAUCUGAAAAGUAAAUAUACUGAGGGGUUCUUUUUAACGAAAUAAAACCAAUAGUUUAAAAUGCGUAAUAAUUUUGUAUUUGGUAAGUCUCGAAGCCUUAGGGGUAGGAGAUACAAUAAAGAGAAGAUAAAUAGUUAGAAUUUAAAUAGGCGAAAUUUGAAAGAAUGAUAAGGAAACAUGAAUAAUUCAAUUUAUAGACAUAAAGUAUUCCAACUUAUGAAAAAGGAAUUAAAAGAGAACCAAAUUUUAUGAGUGAGUUAGUGAAAUAGAUGGAAAAAAGAGAAAUAUCUUCUAGAGUAGAAAGUAUUAAGGAAAUAAACUAAAAAUUUGGAAAUAGUGUGGAUUUACUAGAAUAUAAUUGUUUUAGUAAAGAAAGAUUUUAAGAAACUAUAAGUAAUGUGCAUUUUAAUAAAUAUGAGAAAUUAUGGAAGACACUAAGAGUUGGAAAGUGAUUGAAAAUAUAUAUUAAAAUUUAAAAAAAAUCUUUUUAAAUUAUGGGCAAGAGAAUUAGAAGUGAGUUAUAUGUGUUUAUCAUUGUUAGCAUAAAGAAAGGGUAAGUCAAACAGUGUCUUUAAAGCACAUUAAAACUAAAGAGUUGGAAGUCCUUAAUAUAGACACCUCGAUUAUGCUGAAAGACAUGGUUAUGUUAGAGGUGUGAUCACUGAAAUUAUUCAUGACCCAGGAAGAGGUGCUCCACUUGCAAAAGUUGAAUUUAAUGAUCCUUACAAGUAUAAAAAAUAAACUAAACUCUUUAUUGCACCAGAAGGAUCAUACACAGGAUAAUAUAUUUACUGCGGUACAAAGGGUAUUUUAAAUUAUUUCUAACAUAUACUGUAGCUUAAUUAGCCACUGGUAAUGUAUUGCCUAUUGGAUAAAUUCCAGAGGGUACAGUAGUUUGUAAUUUGGAAGAACAUCCUGGAGAUAAAGGUGCUUUAGGAAGAGCAACAGGAUGUUAUGCUACUAUUAUAGGUCAUUCUGAUGAUGGAACCUAAACUAGAGUUAGAUUGCCUUCUGGUAUCAAUUCUUUAAUUUUUAUUUUAUUAAAAUUAAUUUUAGAAUAAAAAGAUUUCAAUACAAGAAAAACUUUAAGUUCACUUUGCAGAGCUACUGUUGGUUUGAUAUCUGGUGGAGGAAGAACUGAAAAACCUAUUCUUAAAGCAGGAAGACAAUUCCAUAAAUAUAGAAGACUUAGAAAAGUAUGGCCUAGAGUUAGAGGUGUUGCUAUGAAUCCAGUUGAUCAUCCUCAUGUAUUUUUUAUUAUUUACUCUUUUUUAGGGUGGUGGUAAUUAAUAACAUAUUGGUCAUCCAUCUACUUUGUCUAGAUAUGCUCCUCCAGGUUAAAAAGUAGGUCUAGUAGCUGCCAGAAGAUCAGGACUUCUUAGAGGUGGUGCUUAACUCAAAUAAAUGGACGAAGACUUGGCUGCUUAAUAAGCUAAAAAAUGAAA